GGGAGGAAGGACUGAGCUCGCCGGUUUUGCUCACACAGCAGCCCACGUGUCGAUUCCUGGCUGAGCUCCGGCAGGUCUGUAUGGAGAGCACGGGAGGGACCCUCGCGGGCUGCCGAGGAGAACCACGCCUGUCCACGCCACGAGGCGUCUCCCGGCUUUUAUGGGGCGGCCACGCUGCUUAGGAUCAUGCCAAAAAAAGGAAGGAGACGGACUGGAACAGAAGAGGAACACCAGACACCAUGCAAACAAGCAAAAGUGGAACUGAUGUGUCCCUUGCUUACAAAAUAUGAUCAUCCAGAAAGUGUGUUUGAGAGUUUGAUCUUUCCCAUAAAACAAGAGGAAUUUUUCAGAGACUACUGGGAGCAGAAGCCGCUGCUUCUUAAGAGGGAGAACCCCUCAGUGGAAUCCUAUUAUCAGUCUCUGUUUCAGUUAACUGACCUGAAAAGCUUAGUCAGCCAGGGUUUGUAUUACGGAAGGGAUAUUAAUGUCUGCAAAUAUGUGAAUGGCAGAAAGAAGAUUUUUAACAAAGGCGGCCAAGUCAGCUAUGCACAGCUGAAGAAAGAGUUUGAUCAGAAAAAAGCCACAGUGCAGUUUCAUCAGCCCCAGCGAUUCAAGGAUGAACUCUGGAGAAUCCAGGAGAAAUUGGAAUGCUUCUUUGGCUCACUGGUUGGAUCUAAUGUUUAUAUUACUCCUCCAGGGUCCCAAGGCCUGCCUCCACACUAUGAUGAUGUUGAGGUGUUUAUUCUACAGCUGGAAGGAAAGAAGCACUGGCGACUGUACCAACCUACUGUGAAUCUAGCUCAAGAAUACAAUGUCGAACCUGAGGAUAAAAUUGGAACUCCAACACAUGACUUCUUAUUAAAGCCUGGAGACCUAUUAUAUUUUCCAAGAGGAACCAUUCAUCAGGCUGACACACCUCCUGGGGUAUCUCAUUCUACCCAUGUGACCAUCAGCACGUGUCAGAACAACUCUUGGAGAGAUCUCUUGUUAGAUGUCAUUCCUGGACUUGUGUUGGAUUCUGCAAAAGAUGACAUUGACUUCCGGAAGAGUAUACCAAGGCAGUUACUAAUGAAACUGGAUUUGUCUGAACCAUCCAAGAGACUAAGUGGUUUCCUGAGACAUCUUUCUCAUCAGCUGGAAAAUGGUGGAGAACUGAAGUCAUCUGACAUGAAAAAAGAUUUCAUUAUGAACAGACUACCGCCCUUCUUGGGGACUAGCUUUGACUCUUUGACUCCAGGAGGAAAACUGCCCACAGUUGACAGCACAAUCAGAUUACAGUUUAAAGACUACACUGUAAUUACAGUGGAACCGGAUCAAGAUCCUUUGGAUGAUACGCACAAAGAAAUGGUUUAUAUCUAUCACUCUUUAAAGAACAAGAGAGAAACCCACAUGAUGGGGGAUAACAAUAUGAAUGAGGAAGGAGUGUUCCAGAUGCAUGGGUUACGGUUUCCACUCUCCCAUAUGGAUGCACUGAAGCAAAUCUGGAGCUACGAUACAAUAUGUGUGAAUGAACUGAAUCUGACUUCAGAUGCAGAGAAAGAAAACUUGGUGGUAUCAUUGUGGAGCGAGUUGCUUAUUGAAGUAAUCUGAAGGUGUAAACUGGCCAACAUUGAGCAACCUUCUAUUUCCCUGGGAGAUUUAUAGUAUAAUCCAACUGAAAUUGUUUAAAUGAAAUUGUUUAAAUGAAAAUGUUUAAAUGCUGCAAGUACUGGAAGAGCAAAAACAUUGCCUGUCUUGUUUGUGAAGGCACUUAUUUUGAUGUAACAUGAACAGAUUAGUUUAUGUAUUCCAAAACACACAAUACUCUUAGUUAUUUUGUGUACUGAUAAAAUAAUCCUUGGGAUUUUGUAGUAGCUCAAAAAAGUCUCUCUUCGAUUUCUUGAUAUGUAGAAUUUGAGAACAUUAGUACUAUGUAAAAUCUCUGAAUCCCAGUUGGGAGGUACCUUGUCUAGUAUUUGUAGCAAACAUGAAGCUUGCCACUAACUGUAUGAAGGAUAUGCCAUGGUUAGUUGCUAAAAUAUGAAGCCACCAUAAGGGUCUUUUAUAUUUUAUCGGUGCCAUUUCUCCUCAUCUGCAAUACUACUGCAGGGAUAAGAAAAACUAUAUAUUGUCAAAGGUUUUCACGGCUGGAAUCACAAGGAUGUUGUGGUUUUUUUGGGCUGUGUAGCCAUGUUCUAGUGGAGAUGCAGAAGAAACGUCAGGAGAAAAUACUACUGGAACACAGCCAUUCAGCCCCAAAACCACACAACUUCCUAGUGAUUCCAGCCAUGAAAGCCUCUGACAAUAUAUAGUUUUUCCUCCCACAACAUCCUAAAAACUAUAUGAUUGGCUGUAUCUGCUACAGUCUUCUCAGGAGGUGUCUGCCAUCUGUUUGCACCACCAUUACAAUUUGAAAAGUAGUUCUUUGUUAAUUGGCUGCAGAGUAGUAAUGUGUGGAAGAGGCAGGAACUAGUGCACAGACUCAGCUCUUUAAUUAUCUGGGACAGGAAGGUGCAUAUGGGUGAUUUUUCAAACCCACUACUACAGAAUUUAAAAAUUGUUAUAUAAAGUGGAGAGAUUACAAGGAAGAGUUUCCCCCUCCACCCCAAUAUCUGGAUACUGCCUUAAACUAACAAAACUUUCUCUGGAAAGACCCUUGGAAAAACCAAGUCACAAAAUGUUAACAUACAAAAAUUAAAGCAUUUCAGAGCUGGUUUACAAUGCUCGUGGGAAACCUUUCUUUUGCUUGUUUUUCCCAAACCAAUGCAAUUCCAAAGUGUAAAUUACCUGAUAGGUGGAAAAUUCAACUACCUCUGCAUUUCUUGGAAGAAACUUUUAAUUGCCUGGGGAAUGACUGGUCACUUCCAAGUGACCUACCGACCCAUGGCCUAGAGCUACACUGUGUGUUUAGAAAGUGAUAUUAUCACAUCGGAAUUCAGGAAGGCAGAUUGCAUUUUGAAUGUUUCUUUAAGGGGAGAAAAACUUUUUAAAAUUAGUGUGUCUUAACUAAUGUAUUAUCUUUUCUAUAAUAGGGCUUUUAAAAAACAGGACUACAGUUACACAUUGUACAUUUUCUGUAUAAGUAGUUCACCUUAGUAGCAUUGUAGGACUAAGUGCAUGGAGAACCUCAGUGAUUUUAAUAUUUUACUGUAUACAUUGAAGGCAGCUGCAUAGCUUGUUCAGGGGAAAUGAGGAAGUAUCUAUACAAAUAAAAGACAAAUGCUGACUGAA